AUGACGAGCAAGCCUAUCUUUGUGGCUACUCAUCCGAGGGCCUGCUCGACGGCCUUUGAGCGGGUGUUCAUGACGCGUCACGACACACUGCAAUGUGUUCACGAGCCUUUCGGCGAUGCCUACUACUUUGGACCUGAGCGCCUUGCUGAGCGUUAUGAGAAUGACCCCAAGGCCAGGAAAGAGUCUGGUUACGAGGACAGCACAUACAGGACCAUCUUUGAUCGCAUUGCGAGAGAGAACUCCGAGGGCAAGCGCGCUUUCAUCAAAGACAUGGCCCAAUACUGGAUUCCCCCCGUCGGCAAGCCCGCGACCAUCGCACCAUCUCUGUCCAACUACCGCCGUGGCGUAGGAACAAACACCACCGAACUCUCGCCCGUCACCACUCGCAGCGACCCUUCUAAGCCUCCCUACCCAUACGAUACCAAGGGCGAGCCCAACAACCCGACCGUUAUUCCCAAGGACUUGUUGGCAACCUACCACUUCACCUUCCUCAUCCGCCACCCGAAAUUCUCCAUUCCGUCUUACUACCGCUGCACCAUUCCUCCGCUAGACAAAAUGACGGGCUUCUACAACUUCCGUGAGGAUGAAGCCGGCUACGACGAGCUCCGCCGCCUAUUCGACUAUCUGCGCUCUGAGGGACAAAUCGGUCCCAAGUUCGCUGGUCAAAAGGAGGCUGAUGCCAACGAUCAGGCAAAUGGCCACACCGGCGGCGUCGAGAUCUGCGUCAUCGAUGCAGAUGAUCUGCUCGACAACCCAUCCGGCAUGAUUGAGGCAUUCUGCAAGACCACUGGAAUUGAGUGGGAUCCAAACAUGCUCGUAUGGGACACGGAGAAAGACCAAGACAAGGCCAAGGAGGCGUUCGAGAAGUGGAAGGGUUUCCAUGAAGAUGCUCUGGACAGUGAUCGUCUGAGGGAACGCACACACAAGAAGGAGCCAAAGAGUGACGGACAGCUCUUCGCUGAGUGGAAGGAGAAGUACGGCGAAGAGGGCGCGAAGCAGAUCCGGGAUACCGUUGCCGCUAAUGUUGAGCAUUACGAGUACCUGAAGCAGUUUGCUAUCAAGCUAUAG